CCUUGCCUUCCUGCCAUGGCUAAUAGGGACAGCACAGGGGCUGGGCGGAGUGUAGUCUGCUGACUUGAUCCCCGGCGACGUUCGUGAUACAGCAGUGGACCAUGGCAGAACCUCGGCCCCUGUCUGGCGGCCUUACCGACGAGGCUGCCCUCGGUUGCUGCUCGGACCCGGACCCCAGCACCAAGGACUUUCUCUUGCAGCAGACCAUGCUGCGAAUUAAGGAUCCUAAGAAGUCAUUGGAUUUUUAUACUAGAAUUCUUGGAAUGACGCUACUACAAAAAUUAGAUUUUCCCACAAUGAAAUUUUCACUCUAUUUCUUGGCUUAUGAGGAUAAAAAUGACAUCCCAAAAGACAAAGGUGAAAAAGUAGCAUGGGUAUUUUCCAGAAAAGCUACACUUGAACUGACACACAAUUGGGGCACUGAAGAUGAUGAGACGCAGAGCUACCACAGUGGUAAUUCAGACCCUCGAGGAUUUGGUCACAUUGGAAUCGCUGUUCCUGAUGUACACGGAGCUUGUAAAAGAUUUGAGGAACUGGGAGUCAAAUUUGUGAAGAAACCUGAUGAUGGUAAAAUGAAAGGCCUGGCAUUUAUUCAAGAUCCUGAUGGCUACUGGAUUGAAAUUUUGAAUCCUAACAAAAUGACAACUAUUACUUAGUUCUGUGAGAGUACUGCUUUCAGUGAAGACAUUGUAGGAGUUGAAAAAAAAACAUACAAUUUAAGAUAUUCAGAUAGCAGAAACUUCUAGGACUGAUAGUGGUUCUCAUUGUCCCAUUCAAAUUAUUCUUAAGUCCAUUUCCCUUUCCUUUUUCAGCUGUGUUUUUCACCUAUCUGUUCAGUCAUUUGAGUUUCAAAGUAAUGCUUUGUCUUAUGUCCUUGAAUGUAGUAUAACAUUACUUUUUUAGGUAAAAAUUAGAACACUUCCCUUCGGAGGCUGCAUUUGCCUUCUAUCUCCUAACUAUGACUUCUCUACAAGUCUACCUUUGAAUCAUUUUCAAAAAAAAAAGAAAAAAACAUUUAACAUGUUUUUGUUGUGGUGGGAUUUCAGUUUCUCAGAAAUAACUUUUCACAAUGGAAAGAACACUGAACAAAAAUUAAACUUUAUGUGUACUUCAAAUAGCAUAAAGGGUUUAUUUUAUAAAAGACAAGUCACUCUUGGGAGAAGUUUAGAACCGUGCUGAUAAGGAUGCUGAUAAAAAAAACAAAAACAAAAAACUAACUUCUAAUUUAUAAAGUACUUUCAAAGUUCAAGGACUAACCUCUUUAUUUUGGGAUGGGGAGGAGGAUGGCAAUGUUAUUUACUGGGUGGGUAUGCAGACACCAGAUUAGGCUAUUUUAUCUCACUUAAUCCUUCCAACUGUCCAGUGAGAAAGAAAGCAGGCUAGACAUGUAAAAUAACUUAAAUGAAUUGAAGGCAAUAUGAAUAGGCUCAAAUACUCAAGAUUUCACCAUCAUUUUUAGUAUGUAGGUUGUACCUCAAAAAUUAGUACUUCACAAUACCUCCUCCAAUAGUCUCCUGUUGUAAAACCUUCUGUGAUUUUGAGUAUUAUCCUCUCAGCUCUCAGGCCUGAGUCCCACGGUGAGGGAAGAAAGAAGUAGUGGAGGAAGUCUGUAGCACACAGCUGCUCAGGGAUGCCCGGUUGUUCCUGUGUGGUUGGUACUUGUAUUAUUUACAAAGAACCCCUACCCCCAGGUCUUCCAGAUGCCAGUAAUCAUUUAGGAUAAAUUACAAUCAAUGAUAAUUUAGUUAUCAGAAAUUAGCUCAGUGGUCUUCCCUGCCACGAUCAACAUUUGAUGGGUUUUUAAAAACCAAACUGAUUUUGAAAAUCUCUUACGGCCAAAAGAAUAAGAACAUCCAGAUUGUGGUUUAACUAUUUAGUUUUUCCAUAGACUCUAGUGGAAGACCUUUGCAUAGGCCAUGCCAAUUGUGCUUACACCGCUAGAAGCACUUCACAUUUCCUUUUUGGAUGUAAUGGACUUAUGUGAGCAAUUCAAACAAAUAGUAAUACUUACAGACUGAAAUAAAAUACAUAUUUAAAUAAGA